GCCGACCACCCACACAACGGCAGAAGGAACGGUUGCCCGGUCGAAAGGGAAAACCCACCGUGUGGCUGCAGUCGCGUCCAGUCGCCCCGUGGGGGAAUCACGUUUUGCGACUUGGCCUUUUCCUCGCGCAAAUAUCAACCUGGAAUCGUCGUUUGGCGUUUUACAACGAGACGAAGGCGGUGUCGACCGAGCUCGGAACUCUGUUGGCAUCAAGGUCGCGUCUAGUGACGAAAGUCGUGCCAAAUGUCAUAUGAGUGUUGUGGGGAUGGUCAUGCCGCAGGUGACGCUUUUUUGGCGUCUCUAGGCACCGCUCUUGGUCCAAUAAGUGAAUUCUAUCAAAUCCUGCUGGAACUUUCACGUGAACACUGGACUUUUUCUCACUCUCUUGGUCAGCCGGUGUUGAUUGUUUUCCUUUUGGCGUGUCUGCUCGUGAUUGUCGUCAUCGUGAGUUGCUUUCACGCAUCAUCUAGGUCGCGAUUGGCUGGCGACUACGCCGACCAUCAACGCGAUUGGCUGGUGUGCGAUAGGUCGCGUGGCGCCGAUUCUCUUCAUGGUGACAAGGAUGGUACGUCGUCUGCUACGGACGAUUUUGCCGGGUGGUCCCUCGAGCAGAAAAGGCAUUGAAUGAGCGAGGGGAACCACGAGGGAGUAGGGGGAGCGACGCUGUUGUGACGGUUCACCUUGUCUGCCUGUUUAGUUCAUUUCUUGUUCCGAAAGAGGUACAGCAUGAAUGAGGUCUGGAGAAAAAACGAUGAGGUCAAUCAAGCGGACCUUAGAAGCAUAAGAGUCGUGAGGACGAGGAGGUCACUUUAGGAAGGAGAAUUCCGAUCCAAUCAUGGUUAUGGCGGGUGAGGAUACGCAAAUGCUAUCAAAUGGAACAGUCGACGCCAUGACGAUCAUUCCGCCUAAUGGAAAGAUGACAAAUGGUAACGGCGUCAUUUGCAUCAAUCGCAAUGGGAACGGCAAGAUCGUCAAUGGCAAAUCGCUGGAAAUUAGUGCACUGGAAAAUGGAAAAUCCAUCAUUCCUUUGGAUGAGAAAUCGGCCAGUUUCGAUACAGAUUUUAUCGAUGAUGAGGUUUCCUGUGGAUGGGGUGUUUUCCGACCCCGAUGGCUUCAAAUCUUCGCCACCAAGCAAGCCUUUUUGGUUACAUUUUGCCUCACCUGGGUGUUACAAGGGAUGUAUUACACGUAUUUUGUUUCUGUGAUAACAACGAUCGAGAAGCUCUUCCAAAUCCAAUCGAAAACAACAGGUAUUAUCAUGUCGGCCACGGAAAUCGGUCAAAUAGGAUCGUCCUUGCUUUUGACCUAUUAUGGAGGUCAGGGUCAUCGGCCGAAGUGGAUAGCUUGGGGUAUGAUCCUCUUCGCCGCGAGUGCAUUUACCUGCUCGAUGCCUCACUUUAUUUUUGGCGAACAAGUGAUGCACGUACAACUUACUUCGGAUCCCACUCCAGUAAAUCUCUGCAAAUUUAUGGACAGACCUGACAACAAGAGUUUGCAAUCACAUACCGACACUGCCGAAUACUGCGAGGGUGACUUUCUCACAGAGCAGAGAAUCCAGAGCAAAAUUACUACGGUGGUCCUGGCGAUAUUUUUCGUAUCCUUAUUGGGUGUGGGAAUGGGUCAAACGGCUGUGAAUACCCUGGGAAUACCCUACAUUGAUGAUAACGUUGCGAGUCGAGAAAGUCCUCUUUAUUUCGCUAUUACUAUUGGUGUAAGAAUAUUGGGUCCAGCUUUGGGCUUCAUUUUGGGUUCCAUGUGUACAAGACUUUAUACGGAUUUGUCAGUUGACCCCCCAAUUACUCCUGCCGAUCCGAGAUGGGUAGGAGCCUGGUGGUUGGGUCUGGUGCUCAUAUCCGCCAUGUUGAUGCUUACAAGUGUCGCUAUGUUCGCUUUUCCCACAAGAUUGCCUACGAGCAAACCACAGCCGAAGAGAGCGGACGCCAAAAAACCUAGUCUCAAAGAUUUUCCUAAAGCUGUGAAGAGGUUGCUUAAAAAUGACAUCCUGAUGUUCAGAACGGCCAGUAGUGUUCUUCAUAUUCUUCCAAUCGCAGGCCUUUACACUUUUCUACCAAAGUAUCUCGAAAGUCAAUUUCGUUUGCCAGCUCACCAUGCGAAUAUGGUUUCAGGUAUCGGGGGAAUCCUAGUAAUGGGCUUAGGAAUCAUAAUUAGUGGAAUCUUCAUCUUAAGAUGGAAGCCAAGUGCUAGGUUCGUUGCUGGCUGGAUUGCCUUCACAGCUAUCAUCUAUGCAGCUGGUAUGGGCGUUUUAAUGUUUGUUGGAUGUACGAUGGAUGAUUUUGCUGGUCUUGUUCCACAACCAGAUGGAAUGUCCAAAUUUGUACCAACCUGUGAUCCAACCUGCGACUGUGAUCGAAAUAAAUUCAACCCUCUUUGUGGUUCAGAUGGCCAAACUUAUUUUUCUGCAUGCCAUGCAGGAUGUUCAAACUAUACGAUCGUCGAUGGAAAAGUAUCUUCGUUUUCAGAUUGCCAGUGUAUUGGUCAAAACCAGACUUACGGAUCAGUAACCUUGAAUACGGCGACGAUUGGUUACUGCCCGCUUGAGUGCAACAACUUCUGGGUGUAUAUGAUUCUGUUUUCUCUUUCCGUUUUUAUUCAUUCGACAAGCGAAGUCGGUUCGAUGCUGCUCAUUCUCAGAUGCGUUGAUCCCAAGGACAAGGCGAUGGCUCUCGGACUCAUCCAAUUUGCCAUCGGAUUGUUUGGCAAUGUACCCUGUCCUAUAGUCUACGGAGCCGUUGUGGAUUCGGCAUGCCUGGUUUGGGAGUACGCAUGUGGAGAACGUGGUGCUUGUUGGCUUUACGACUCAAAUGACUUUAGGAUGUUCUUCCAUGGUACUACGGGUGGCCUCCUAUUGCUGGGCUUCAUAGUGGACCUGGUGGUCUGGUACAAAGCAAGAAAUAUAAAUUUCUCUGACGAACCAGAGAACACCGUUGGCACAACCGAAGAGAUGGCCAACUUAAAAGCUCAGGAUACGCAUGCUGCGGAAAAUGACUACCUUUGAAGUCUACUCUGAAUUUUUCAUGAAGACAAAUACUAGUCUGGAAAUAGAGUGCACCCGUGCCUAUUUCACUAAAUGUAUUUGAACUCUGAAACUCUCCAUCAAUCCAUGGUUAAAAAAUUCCAAGAUAGUUCGAUCGCUUCAACAUCGAAAGUUACUUUCCCUGCUCAAUUUCAAUCUUGCAGCCUCAGGGUCGCAGGAAGCGCUCGUUAUAUUUUUAUUUCAAUAAUUAUAUGACGAAGCUUCGAGAAUACGCUUAGAAGGAAGUAGGAACGAAUGGGAGAUGCCAUAAGAAGUAGGUUUGUGUAGAAGAUUACUGUAGUCUAUAAGAAUGUCGGAACCGUGUAUUUGCAAGUGUACGUGCUUAGAAGUGCCGGGAUGGGGAUGAAAUAUUAUAAUCCAGUGAUUUUUUUAAAUAGAAGAUAUUCAAUUAAAACCAGUGAUUUUUACUAAAAUCUGACAAUUUAUAUAUUUGAUUUAUAUUGUUUGUAUAUUCUGACAAAACUGCAAGUGCAGAACAAUUGGGAGGAAGUAAAGACUUGAUAGGAAACAUUAUUUCUGAAUGUAUCCUUACUUUUAAUUACGGGGGGAAUUUUAAUGUAAACUAUUUUGAAGCAAACUACUUAUAAGGAAGAAAAAUUAUUUUCAUGCCUAAAUGUAACGGUCCUAUCAUAACGCAAUCGUUCGAUAUGAAUGCCACUUUGAGCCGUGCAUUUGCGACAAUUUAAAGAAUUGAAUCAAACACCUGUACAUAAAAUAGAAAGAAAACAGACGUUGAAUAGUAUACGAAGGAAGUUAAUCUUAAGAAGGUAUGAAGCUUCGCUAAUCUCUCGACAUUAUAUUUAUGCAUAGAUUAUUCUGUAUCCAAUGAUAAGCGGAGAAAACCCGAUCAUUCCAUUCGAUCAAUUUAAUUACUUUGCUGAAAAUGAAAGAAAAAUAUUCUGUACAUACAUAACUGCUAAAACCUGUAAAUAGAAGAGUGUAUAUUCGAUUUUCUCAAAGGACGUAGCUCUCAUGGAGCACCAGUCAGAAAUAGUCAGAUUGUUACAUAUAAAGAGGGAUAAACAGCUGCAUUAUUCAAAUUUAUUGUGAUUGAAAUAAUUACUCAUUUUAGAUUUGAAACUCUUAUUAUACUGAAUCGUUUUUAUGCCGCUCCUUUGUAAAUCCGCCAUAUGUGCAUCUCUGUAGAUUGUAAAGUUUUUUCCGAUUGUUCGAUCAUCGUAUAUUUACUAGAGUGCGGACCAGUGUUGGGCAGUAGCAAUUCCUUGAUGAUAUUUGAUGAAAAACGAAAAUCUUUGCCAAUACAAGUUUCACAAUGUUCAUUUUCAAAAUUUCAAAAAGUCCACAAUUUCAAUUAUUUUAAAUCUAAUGAAGUUUUUACACUAAAAUUAUUAUUUGAAUUUAACAUUUAUUUUUAAGGACAUCAGUGAUGUUUUAAUCCAAAAAAAAGAAUGCUUCAGACUUUUAAAUUCAUAGUUUUAUUUUCUCUCUAAAAUAGUAACUGAAAGUUGAUUGAGAUAGAAAAUAGAAUUGAAUCUAGUUCUUUUUUUAAAAUGAAAUUCCCCGACACUAAUACGAGCUAAUGGCGUAAUUAGGAGGACGCUCGGAAAGUUUCAAUGAUUUAAUUUUUUAAAUCAAUUAAUUGACAAACUGUUUGACUUAAAUCCAAUAAAAUGAAAAAUGAAGCGACCUCUUGAUUAAGUCGGUGCCAGAGAAACUAUAUUUAAUUUCGACUUGUAUGCGAUUUAAUUACAUUUCAAUCGAUAGUAAUAAAACUACCUCUUACUCUACGUCGACAGAUUAUUAUUUGAUUUAAUGCCAUUUUAUAGAAAAUUUCGAAAGCAAUCUGACUCGCCAAGACCAAUUGUACUUUUUUUGGAUCUCGAAUGUCUUUCUAAUUAGGCACUACCGUCCGUUUCGCUCGCAGAAAGAAGAAACUUAUUUAUAUGCGUAUAGUUUAAAAUAUGUGUACCUAAAAUUUCUGCAUUAUGCAAUAUUUUCUCUGUAAAAGUAACAAAAUAGAAGAAAACAAGUGCACGGUAUUUAUAUGAUUGUUGUGACGAGGAUCUUAAAGUAAGGUAAAAUAAUAUACGCAUAAGGAAAAAAAUUCUGGCGAAAUACAAAAAAGAAAAGUGGUUAACGUUGACACGAGAUAUUUUUGGAUAUUUUGACCCAUGCAAAAAAGUAAUGGUUAUGAUUGUGCGAUAGUAAUAUUGAUAAUAAUAAUCCUGGUUCUUGUAAUAAUGGUAAUAAUAAUAAUCGUAUAGAGAGAAAAGGUAGUGACGGAAAGGAGUUCUAAUUAAAAGGAGUUCUAUUAAAAAGUAUUUUAAUAUGAAAUUUCUCGGUGUAAUCAAAAUAUUAUAUGAAAUUACAUAAAUUCAGGUAUUCGUAGGUACAAUUUCGAAAUUAAUAUUAGCGAUAAGUCGUUACGGUAUUUUCAAAUUAUCCUAUUCAGGGCAUUAAUAUUAGCAUCCUAGUAUACUCCAUCAUCCUUUGAUCGAAACAAUUACAGAUCACUUGUAAUUUUUUCUUGAAGGCUUGAAAAUGGAUGAAAAAUUUCUGCGAAAGCACGAUGGAUAUUUUUAACGUCGGUCGUAUUAAAUUAACAUACUCGUUGUUUCGAAUCUUGAAAGCAUGCGUAGGAACUAAAAAUAGUAGUUUUUCCUGUAGUGAUCGUCUCGUAAAAAUUGAAGGGGAAUUUUCUGGAAUGCUAUUCAAUAUUUUCAUUAUGUCAUUAAUAAUUAAUAAUAUCGUCGAUUUAGAGUUCGUAAUCAUUCGCGCAAUACAUAAAAUGUGUGGAUAAUAAUCUUUUCUCAUAAAUCAUAUUUUUCUAUUUAAUGAAUUACCUGAUGUGAGAACUUAGCCUUACGAAAUACUGGUUUCUAUAAGAAAAGGAAGAUAUUGGCGCACUCAUAUUUUUUUAAAUCUUCAAAAUUGAUCGUUAUCAAGUAAUCUUAAAGAAAUUAAGUUUUAGUUGUGAAAUUUCGUUCUUAAUUUUGAAGUGCGCAGAUGCCAUCUAUUUUUAUAAAAGUCUAAGAGUUGCUUUUCCUGUGACAGAAAAAGAAUCAUUCGUGUCACAGUUAUUACGAUUAUAAUUAUAUUAUUAUUACUAUUAUUAUUAUUAUCAUCCAUUGUGAUAAUCGUGAAUAGUUUUUAAGCUUAAAAAUAGGAGAUCAACAUAUUAUAGAAGAGUACAAUAAUGACAGGUGAUCAGGGACUGAAAUAAGAAAAUAGGUUUUGAGUCAGGAAUGAAAAAAUAACGAUUUGAUAUGAAAUUCGUUAUUUUAAAUUAUUUUCACUUUUGGUUUAUAAAAUAUGUUUUAGAAUUUCGAACAUUUUUGUGAGAGUGAGAAACUGAUAGAAGAAAGUAGUUUAGUCUAGCAUAGAAUUUAAGCAUUUAUUAUUAAUCUAAUAAUAAAAGUUUGAAGGUUAUUAUUAUCACUAUUACUACUAAUACUAUGAAGACGAUGUAUCAAAUGUGAUGUAGUUUGGAACGUAAUCUCUCUCUUUGAAUUGCAUCCAAAAAAAAUGUUUCCAAUGACAUAUAUAUUCGAUAAUAUCGAAAUAUUUCGUUUUUGUAUCGUAGGAAAUGUAAAAUUUUGAUGCUUUUGAAUGUAUGUAAAACUGUUAUUCCUUAUUCGGAAUGAUUUUUCCAAAUUUAAUGGUAGGUGGAGCUGGAAGCCUAAACAUUUUUAAACUAGUAAAAUAUAAAUAUUGAAAUCGGUUAUUAUUUGACCCUCGCGCGUCAUGUGACAGUUACGAUUUUUUAAACAUAUUUUCGAUCUUUCUUUUAUUUGCCAAAAAUUGAUGCCGUAUUUUUUUAGUACAUUUUAUGUUAUUGAACAAUAGCAUAGAAUUAAAAAUCUAAAAACUGAUCCUAUAUUAUAUAUAGUUACCAUUUCUGGAAAACAUGCUAAUGUUAAUUUUACUACUACGUUUCGAGUUUAAAAACGUUGUGUUUUUUGUUCUAACCUACUACGUAUGGCUCUUGAUUUUAAAUUAUAUAGUUACUCAUAAAACACUAUAUUUUUAGUAAAACGAAUUUGUCUCAAAUCUAAGCGGACUUGAAAAAUAUAACCGCAGAAAAUUAAUAUAAAUUUUGACUAAUUAGGGGGUAGAACUUAAGGAAACAUAAUUGCUAGUCUCUAAUAAUCCUGUGUACAGUAUAAGAACGAAUAAGCGAGCAAAUACGUUUAAUUAUGUGUGCACGUUUUCAGUGAAUAUACCCGCUCGAUUUUUUUUAAAAAUAUUUUUGCCGACUUGAAGGUACAAACAAAGUUUUUAAUUCCAGUUUAAUUAUAUACAGUAGAAAACACCGAUCAAAAUAUAAAUAAUGUUAAAGUUUAUGAAAGGAAUGAAUAAGUAAAAUCUGUGAAAAAUCGAGUUGUGUUAACUUUCUCAGCCAUUUACCACUCGCGAGUGUACACAUAGCGUAACGGUGAUCACUUGGUUAUAUGAAUUAUUUUUAUUACUGUUUUAUUCUUAAUAGUGUUAUAAUUUAAUUGAUUAUCAUCAUUGUAAUUAAUUACUGCGAAUAACCGUUAUAUUACCGAAGCGAGUACCACCACGAUUAAGACUCUGAUGCGUACCUAUAUUUUAUAUAAUAAAUUUGUAUGAUGUUUAUUGAUUUCGAUUAUUAAGGACACUACUUAAGUUUAUAUUAAUAUUAAUAGUGCAGCGUAUGUGCGUGGAUGUCUUGAGUAUAAAUGUAACGUGAAAUUUGGUGUGCAACCUCACAUUCGAUUAAUAAGGCAUAAUCGCGAGAUUUAUUUUAAUUUCUAGGCUGUAAAUGUUAAUAGUCGAAACGUGAAUUUGAUUCUCGAGAAACGAACAAGAAAUGGGAAAUUAUUUACUACACAUAAUAAUUAUCAAAAGGAUCCUCCAUAUGGAAAUUUUGUCUUUCAGUUUUGAUCAUUCUUGAUUUACCUCGACACAUAUUUUAUUUUUAUAGAAAACAAUAAUUCAGAGUUCACUCGAGGUGAACGACAAUGUUACGAAUAGAGACAAUUUCCACUCUGAUGUCGGUAUAAAUCAGUUAACCUGGAAACUACUGUUAUCAAUAUAAUAUAUUUAAAAAAACUAUCAGGAAUUAUUGAAUUGAAUAUUACAUUUUUUUGUAGUUUUAUUAAAUUAAUAGAAAAAGUUUUCUUGGCACAAGAGCAUAUGAAACAUAUGAAAAUAUUUUUUACAUAAACAUAAUUAUUUGGCUGCAAGGUUUGGUAAAGGUUGUCACAAUUGAAUAAUUUUUUAUGCAAAAUUAUACUUUUUGAGAUAAAUGAAAGUACUCUUCACCCUAAAUUCGAGAGAAAAUUCCAUUUGUAUCAAGAAGCAUCAAGUAAAAAUUUCUGUUUAUUACCGAUCUUGAUUGUUGUUAUUCAUAUUAACUGUUAAAGAUGCUUAUGUGGUUCAGGUAGUCUUCUGCUUGUAUCUAUAUCAUUUUAUUCCUUUUCUUAUAAGAAAAAUUGUUCUAAAUAUUCAAUAUAUACAUAUUUAAUGAAGAAAUCUUGAAAGAGAAGUACAGUUUAAAAUCCAGCAUUAAGUGCCUCACACACGUACAAUUGCCACAGACAUGUUUAUAUUUGAUAUAUUAAAUGUGUAUAUAAUACAUACGCACACCCAUACAUAUGUACAGUCCCGGUCCUUCUUUCCUUUUUAUUUUUCAAGUGUAAAUUGUACAGUCAGGACAAAAUCCUGUGAACCUUCAUCCGAUAUCAAUUCCCCAGCACAAAUGAAAAAUAUAUUGAAUAAGAAUAUUUACAAAUAUAUUUAAAAUAUAUUUUCGCUCGACUCGAGAAUUAAGUUCACGUUGCGUUUCCGGUACUCGAACAUGUUGCAUAUAUGCAAGUUGUAUAUUGUCGUAGUUGUAUGUUUUAAAUGCAGAAUUUAAGAAUUUAUCCGUUACAGAAAUCUGACAUCACUAUAAUUACCUCUUAUACGUCUUGUAAAACCAUUAGCUCUCGGAUUAUCGAUCUGCGAAUUUGUAAUGUUGACUUUUAGAUUUUUUAUGCUGGAAAAAAUAAAAGAUCAAACUAAAUACAUUUAAUACUUAAUACUAAUGAGGAAGACUCAACUCAAACUGCCACUUUUUAACUGACGUUUUAUACUCAGUAUUUUUCAGUGAAUUUCUUAAUGCGGAUUUUUAGAAAUUUCAGGAGAUCCUUAUUGGAAAUUGUUUUAGAAUUGAAAGUUUGUUUUUGAACUUUCAACUUUGUGUUUUCUCGAUAAUCCGAGUGUUGAGACUGAUUGACCUGCAACGAGCGAAGGCGAAUUGACAGCUGGUCAUGUCGUCACUAUUGAUUGUAAUUAUGAUUAAUGAAGGACUGGUUUGCUUUUAAUAAAAGGCAUGUGCCAUAAUUAUA